GUCUGUUAUAUCUCUGUUCCUUGAGUACCUCUUUCACUGAGACCGACAACAGCAAGCAGAGGCUGAAAAAUAAAGAGCAAAGAGGAAGAAAACAAAAGCUGCCAAAUAUGGAAGAUAGAAGGGAAUCUGAACUGAAGGUAUUUUGCUCUAAAAACAUACUGAGCAUCCUUGGUUUCUCCUGCAUCAUCGCUGUGAUAGCAUUGCUCGCUCUGGGGCUGACCCAGAACAAAGCACUGCCAGAAAAUGUUAAGUUUGGGAUUGUGCUGGAUGCGGGCUCCUCUCACACGAGUUUGUACAUCUAUAGAUGGCCGGCAGAAAAGGAGAAUGACACGGGGGUGGUGACUCAGAUAGAAGAAUGCAAGCUAAAAGGUCCCGGAAUCUCAGGCUUUGCUAAGAAAUUACACGAAAUCAAUGUUUAUCUGACCGCGUGCAUGGAAAGAGCCAGGAAGGUGAUCCCAUCAGCCCAGCACCCAGAAACUCCUGUCUACCUGGGCGCCACGGCCGGCAUGCGGUUGCUCAGGAUGGAAAAUCAACAGAUGGCAGACAAGAUCCUGGAUGCGGUUGCAAACAGCAUCAACAAGUACCCCUUUGACUUCCAAGGUGCCAGAAUCAUCAGUGGCCAGGAGGAAGGUGCCUAUGGCUGGAUUACUGUCAACUAUUUGCUGGGCAAAUUCACUCAGAAAUUGAGUUGGUUUAACCUGAAGCCAAGCAAAGAUGAUACUCAGGAAACCUAUGGAGCUUUAGACCUUGGGGGAGCCUCUACACAAAUCACUUUUGUGCCCCAAAAUGAAAUGACCGAGUCUCCAAACAACAACCUGUACUUUCGCCUCUAUGGCAAGAACUACAGUGUGUACACACACAGCUUCCUGUGCUAUGGGAAGGACCAAGCCCUCUUGCAGAAACUGGCCCUGGAACUUCAGGGUGCAAGUGGAAUCGUCUAUGAGCCCUGCUUUCACUCUGGAUACUUCAGGAAAAUGAAGAUGAGUGUCUUCAACGAAGGUUUCUGUGCCAGGAGACAUGUGUCGAAUCCUUCAUAUUAUCCAUUAUUUGACAUUGAAGUCCGUGGCACUGGAAACUUCCAACAAUGCCAACAAGGCAUCAUUCAACUCUUUAACUCAAGUUACUGCCCUUACUCCAGUUGCUCCUUCAAUGGGGUUUUCUUGCCACCACUCCAAGGGCAGUUUGGGGCAUUUUCAGCUUUUUACUAUGUGAUGGAGUUUUUAAACCUUACAUCACAGGAACAAAUACCUACGAAAAAGUUGACUGAGAAGUUGGAAGAGUUCUGUGCUCAGAGUUGGAAAGAGGUGCAUAUGAAUUUUGGCGACGUGAAGGAGGCAUACCUGAGUGAAUACUGCUUUUCUGGCACCUACAUCCUGGCUCUCCUCCUGAACGGCUACCAUUUUACAGAUGAGUCCUGGAAAAAUAUUCACUUCAUGAACAAGAUUCGGAGCACCAGCGUUGGGUGGACUUUGGGCUACAUGCUGAACCUGACCAACAAGAUUCCAGCUGAAGAGCCAAUGUCCGCACCCCUCUCCCACUCCACCUAUGUCUUCCUCAUGGUCCUCUUCUCCCUGAUCCUGGUUGCAGUGAUCAUCGUAGGCAUACUUGUCUUUCACAAGCCUUCGUAUUUCAGGAAAGACAUGAUAUAGCAGGAGUAGCUGAAAUCUUCUGGUUGGAGUGAGAAAACUUGCCCAGGAAGCACUUUUCUCCACUGUGGUGCACAAGGUGACCACUUCUUGCUCACCAAGGCCAGUCUUGACCAGCAUGAGGCUUCCUUGGUUUUUGCUAAAGCCUCUCCGUGGGAGGUAUUCACCACCCUCUGCUUCAAAGACUUCCUGGCAGACACUGUCUUUUUUGUGAGUCUUUCCAAACUUCCCCCCUUUCUCUUUUGUACUCUUUGUUUGUGUGGGUCUUAAAGACCUGCCUCCUUUCAUGAUCAUUGCUUUAUAAAAGAACAAUAUUGACUUAGUCCAAAAGAUCUGAGAAUCUUGAGUCCUGUGCUGGGAACCUGCCCUGGCUAAAAGAAGAAUCUUGGGAACUAAUUCAGUUGUGAUCUUGCAGACCUGUUUCCCAUUUAUUAAGAAAGCCAUACAAUGCUUUUGGAGAAGACAGACACACACCCAAGCCCAGCCUGCUCUUUCCAUGGGAAAAUUUUCUAGACUAAGCAAAAGUGUUCUAGGGCAAAAGAAUCUUGCAAAGGAAUUUCUGUGCUCAGGCAGUAAAUACAAUAGUUAAUCCAAGCCAAAAGAGGGUUUUUGCCUAAGUCACAUAUUCCCGGGUGAUGCCAAAAAUGCUACAGAGUGGGACACCCAUACCAGAGAUUAUUUUAAAAGCUGCUGUACAUAUAUAUAGGCAUUCAGAUAUCAGGGCAUAUUAUUUAGUAGGUGUACACAUGUCAGGAAGAAAAAUACAGUUACAACAUAAGGUUGGAAAAAUGCGUCCUCCAAAACAUCUCCUGGGGUUGGUUUUUAUUGUGGUAAAAGGCAUAGAACCUAAAAUUCACCAUUAAAAGAUAAACAGUUUAGUGGCAUUUAGUACAUUCACAAUGCUGUGCAACUGUCACUACUAUCCAACUCCAGAAUAUUUUCAUCACCAAGAAAUUGGCUGGGUAUAAGACCAUCCUGAGGUAGACAUGAACCAUCAACCUUUCCAUUUUACUAAACAUGCUAACCAGUUGCACCACAAAGAUGCUCACUGAGAUGCUCACUAAAGCCAUGCUGUAUCUUACUGUCCCUGGAUCUAAUUUAGUGAGAUAACUUCAUGAGUGAGAGUGGCAUGCCUUUUUGGUGUCAUGGUAUUUACACAACAAAAUGUGCCAGGAACCACAUCUACAAGUGUUACUGCUGGUUCUAGGUACUUUUGCUUUAAGCAUCUUUGCCAUAGACAUCUUUGCCACAAGCACUUGUGGACACAUUUUCACUGCAGUAAUUGGCUCAAAAGCAAUUUUGCCAUAAAAGAUAAAAUAAUGGAAAAUAAAAGAGGGGCAAUUAAAGGACACAAUGAAAUAAUAACAAAAUUCAAGACAUUGUGAAAUAUAAAAUGAGUACAUUUGUAAUGUGUGUAGAUUCAUGGCAAUACUGUACAAAUAGCUUAUUUUUAUUUUGCAGGUUAUACCUAAGUACUUGUCUUCCAAGUCUUUCAUUCAUAGCAUUUUAUACGGGGUUUUUUUUUUUUUUUUUUGGCUCAUUGGUUUGUCUCCUCAUUCUGCAUCAUCCUUUUUCUUGUUCACUAAAAUUUCUUCCUUCGUAAAGAACAGUAUAAGUUUCCAAGUACUUAGAGGUAUCUUUGUAACUGAGCUUUGUGCUGUGUUGUGAAAGCUUCUACACAGUUGUUGUUUGUUCUUGACAUAUUGUCACAUGUCCAUUGACAGACAUUCCAAAGUCAUGUGGGAAAUGUGGGUUUCCCUCUCCACCUUCUAGGACUAUGGCCUCUUUCUCCUCCAAAGUAGUGUUUCAAAAUAAGAAACCAACUCUUGGGACAAAUCAGUGUCAUAUGCCAGCUCAAUAAAGCCAUCGAUAAUAUUGCCAACUAGAAGAAAUGCUAACACAUUUCAACCAGCUGAAACCAAACUGUCAAACCAAAAACUCUCACCUCGGUUAUUUUAUCUUUCAUGAAGAAUGUGCCUUAUAGGCAAUGAGUUAUUUGAUGAAAAUGUUUGCCGCAAAAACGCUUGUGGCAGAGAUGUCAAUGGUAAAGAUACUUAUAAUGAAGGUGCCUAGAGCCCAUUUCAACAUGUAAUUAAUAUAUUAAUGAGAUUUCUUAUUUUUUUAAUAUUAAGUUUUUGAAAUAUGUUGUGUAUAUUACACUUAGAGCACAUCCUAAUCAGGACUACAUUUUAAGAGCGCAAUAGCUAUGUGUCACUAGUGGCUACCAUAUUAAACAGCACAUAUCAAAAAGUACAUUCAAAGCUGAAAAAAUACAGGUAAUAAUACUUUGUCUUUCUCUGGGGGCAGGGGAAACUUUCUUUAAACAGCUAUAGAUGCUAUAACAUCCUUGCUAUUAUUUAUUAUAUAUGAAGUUUAACACUAUCCUUAACAGCUUUUAACAUCCCAGCUCAGGAUUUCACAUUAUUCCUCAGGUUUUGUUGCAUUUUUUUGUGACAAUAGAGAUGCCUGUCAUUCAGAACAAGAUGCUUGAUGAUUAACCCUAAACUUUAGGAAAUUUAAUCUGGAUUUAAAGAUAUUACAAGAUAAUUUGGAUACUUAUAUUCUAUAGUCAAAGUGUAAAUUUGAAUAUUAAAAUAAAGAUUAGUCUCUUAAGAGCUCACAAAGUUUACCAUAUAAUACUAAAGUUACUAUUAAAAUACAUUCUCAUGUAUUGUCAGUUUGAAAGACGAGUUGAAGUUCACCAAAAUGGUUUUAUCUCUGUCUUUGUCAGAGUCUGAUAAUUGCUAUCUUGUUUGAACAUAACAAGUUGCUCACAAUUAGCCUGCACUGGCCAGGCAUUUCAGUUUGUACUAGUUUUGUUUUGUUUUUAAAUUUCUUAUGACCUCAAAAUUUCAGUGGCUUACCACAAUAAACAUUGAUUUUCAUGUUCA